ACGAGCAGCGUUCGCAACCACACAUCCUUCAGUCAGUCCUUAGCUUACGGUCGCUCGUGUCGGACGCGUACUCGUUUGCUUCCCGAUAUCCCAGUAUCGUCUGCUCCCUUCACAGCUGUCGGCUUCCGGUGGGUAAAUUAGCUGCGUUUGGGCUAGCAACGUUCCGCCACGUUCCCAGCGCUCGCGGAACGACCAAUAAAGUUGUGUCAGUCGCCGUUUGCUGCCACCAGCCUGCUUCGAUUGGUUGAGUUGAUUGAUUGAUGUGACGAUUUAGUGAGUGAAGUGAUUGCUGGUGUCUGUGAUUUGUGUGCACUACGCACAAGCAAUGGGUGCAAUGUAAAACUGUAGUGCGUCAUCGGGCGAGCUCCGUGCUUUUGCAGUGCUUUACACAGUGGGUUUUGUGUCAGUUUAAACAUGUGCUCGCAAAGUGUGACAAACAGGAAUGCAAACAAUCAAUGUGUGCAUAAAUAAUGACCACCGUUGGCUUGGCCGUGGACAAGGCUGUGGAUGUGAAAUGCGGGAAAGCAGCAACACACUAACACGGUUAGUGUGGCCCACACCCAGCACGAACAACGGAGCCCAGCGUGCUAGACAGGCGAAAGUGCUCGAGUAGAGCGUUUGAGCUUGAACCCAAACCCUCACACCGAUAACAAGCGGUCAACGCGGUACGGAAAGCAAACAAAAGAAAAAGAAAAGAAAAACAGGGGAAAACAAUCAAAAGAUAAAGAAGAAAACGCGUUCGCGCCGAACAAAAAAAAUAAACCACGAGACCCACUCUUACGACCAUGGACAACCUUACGGCCGAGCUGUCAAACUUUACCGCCGCCCCCACGGCGGACGGGUUCGUGGGGCCAGUGACAGCCGGGCAGCUGGCUGGCGCCGUCAUGUCAACGCUGCUGGUGCAGCUCGUAACGGCAGCAACAAGUAGUUCCCGGACACCGACAACCUCCUUACCGCCGCCCCUGCCCACUGCCGAGGAAGAGCGCGACCAUUACUACGACCCGAAGCACACGACCGGACCCACGCCACCGCCGGCAGUGGGACUGAACGAGACCGAGCCUAAUUUAUGGUUCGUAACCUCGUUAGCUCUCUCUUCCCGAUCUCAGCAGCAGCAACAACAGCAGCAACAACAGCAGCAACAACAUCAUCAACAGCAUCUGCACCACACGACGACGGGAAGUGGCAGCGGAAGCGACAGCAGCACCGGGCUGGGAGAGGUUUCCCCCGUCACACUUUCCACCGAAUGGCCGCGUCUCGCUCGAUUACUGCUGCUAGCCUGCCUAUCCGUCGUCGGCAGUAUCGGCAACGUUUUCAUGAUAUCGUCCGUUAUGAUAGAGGACCAUCUGAAGAAAGCAGGCAAUGCAUUCAUAGUGAACAUAGCGCUCGCAGAUUUACUUAUCACUAGUGUAGUGAUGCCAGCGUCCACCAUCGUCCUGCUGGCUGGCAUCGACAAUUCCGACACGGAAGUAUGCAAAUUUCACUGGUUCUUAGCUGCUUGCUCGUUUUUGGUUAGCAUUUUAACAUUAGCCAUGAUGGCGGUUGAGAACUAUCUGCGCCUUUGCACGUUCCAGAAUGAGCGCGGCUGGUUCAACAAAACCAACACGACGGCGAUCCUGCUGCUGAUCUGGGCGGUGGCCUGCAUCGCGUCCGGCAUGCAGUUCGUGUACGACAUCCGGUUCGACUACUGCAACUGGCGCGCCCGGCAGGCCAGCAUCCCGCACGAGGCGGGCGUGGUCGGGCUGAUCGUGCUGCUGCCGCUGCUGCUAACCUUCAUCACGCACAUCCGCAUCAUCGUGGACGUGAAGCGCACGAUGGCGCUGCCCAACUUUAAGCCGAGCCUCGCCUACACCUGGGACCUGUCGCUCGCCCGCACCAACUUCUACAGCUUCCUCAUCUUCGUCGUCUUUUGGCUGCCGUUCUGCGUCAUCUUCGCGUACGGCACGGCCCGCCUCGUCUCGAACCGCGUGUUCUACACGACCGUCUGGAUCGGGCUGUCCAAGUCCUGCUUUCACAACGUCAUCUACUGUCUCACCAAUCGGCACUUCCGCAGCGCCUACAUCAGCCUGUUCAACUACUGCUGCUGCAAGACGACGGUGGCCGUCUCGCGGCGCCAGCGGGCGGACGGUGGCAACCGGCCGACGGCGGACGUGCGCGUCCACAUCAUACCCGGCUACAACAUGUACUCGUACACCAGCCCGCAGCGCUCCGGCAACUGCCACGGCCACUGGGGCAAGCGGGACUGUCACGAGUUAUGAUCGGAAACGUAGCUAAAUUAAUCGAACCGUACCGCUGCCCCGGUCGGGGGCUGUGCGAGUUGCGCGGGUCGAUUAAUUUAAAUGCAAGAGUGGUGGGGAGGGGGGUGGGGGGCAGUCAGGUCAACGGCCCGGUUGUGGGUGGUUCGGGGGAUACCGAUCGAUUUGUUUCGAACGGAGCUCUUAUCGGUCUUCAAUUUUAAGGGAUUACAGACGUGGCGGUCGCUUCGGAGGGCGUGCGAACAACGUCAGCUGUUUGUAUGGACAUUGGCUGCGGUUGGUUUCUUAGCGAACCCUCUAGAAUGGAGAAAUGGAGAACUAAAAACAGAUCAGUAAUUUGUGCUGGGUGGAGCUUUUAGUAAGGCGGACCGGAUUUUCCACACACACACACCCUCUGCCCCAGCAGCUGGUAGGUUCUCACGUGCUUUCUCACGUAUGAAGCUAUUAUUAUCCUUACUCUAGAGCGUGUUACGCCAACCGUGUCCCUUCAUUAAGAGAUUACACACCCCUUCUUAAGUUUUGUUCGGGCAGCCUGAAACGGUCGUGAUGGUUCAUUACAUUUUAAAACGAAAUUGAUUUUGGUGUCGUUUUAGGGGAUAAUUAUUUAAGUCCGGAGCGAUUGAUUUGGGGCGAACAGACACAAAAGAGGGUCGACGUGGAUAACUCAUCGCGAAGACAGCAGGGGCCUAAUCUUAUCCAAAGUUUGUGCUUCUCUUAACUAUUAACUACUUAACAAUGCGUUUCUACUUUCAUUCUUAUCCUACAACAAGCUUUGCAAAAGCCACACCUUACUCUAACCGCGUACUAACACUGAUCACUUGUUCCUCUCUACCGUAAUGUCCACAUGAAAACGCUUACCAACAACACAUAAAUGGGGCUAACAAAUCGAUGUUUUUUUUUGUGUUGAACUACUACCUGUCCGCACUGUGCUGUGUGCGGGGACGAAUGUGUACUCAUUAAAAAAUGAAACGACAAGCGGAAUGAAUGCUUAUGCUAACAAACCAGAAAGGGUUGAAUUGUGUUGAAAAGAGGGACUUUGGAACAGUCGUACGAUACGAGGACACAAUAAAGGAAUGCAAAUAGAAGGGAAUAAAAACAUAAAUACACACACAAAUACACACUUAUCAUAAUGCAAACUUGAUUGUUCAUGUCGUCGCCACACGUAUGCAGCAGCGGGAUCGGCGAUAAAUGUUUCCCGACACUACCUACACUGCGUACCCCGAAGUUUCUUUGAUUGGCCAGCAGACUCGUGAGAGGCUAACACUGUUUUCCGGCUCAGGUUAUCAAUGUGAACAGCAUUAUUCAAAGCUUGCAAGAUGUUUUUCAACAGCUGUUAUUCUUUGUGACAGCUGGGCUGUUUAAAAAGGUUCUUGCGAUUGUUGAAUAGUGCCGUUCACAUUAGAAACUGGAACCCGGAAAACAAUGUAUGGUAAAAUAAAUAAUUUAUUUAAUAAAAGAUAAUUUUUUAAUGGUUUUUAACAGUAUCUAAGGCGCCAGUUAGGGUCAGUUUGUAUUCAGGUCCGUUGUCUUUGGUGGUUGUUUGUUGCGAAAUAGAUUUGAAGUUAUAUUUUAUUUUAGUUUUAUUUUUCAACCGCUAGUAUCCAUAAGUUUUUCGGUUUUAUGUCUGUAUGCUUACAUACUAUUAAAAUACUUAUUUAAUUUAAAACAUCCACAGCACCAUUUGUUGAGGCUCAUUUAGUGAUUCAAUGAAAACAUCCCAAGCAAAUGUUGAGGAAAUGUAGGGAUAUUCUAUACCUUAACUACUAACUAUACUUUCUACAUUAACAUGGUACAUAAAUCAUAUUUUAUUUUGCCAUUCUCCGCUGACGCCACACAUUUCACGCGUGUACACAUUUGAAAUUUGUUGUGAAGAAAUGUAACAGAUAGAUUGAAUAAGAGUUAAACACUUUUUUAUGGGUAAAUGUAAAACAUAUCAUCUUACUUUAACUUACAGAGUGUCUCAAUAACUUUGAAAUAUUUGUCACACAUUU